UUUUUCUUUUUUUCUAAAAAAAAAAAGAAAACCCUAAAUAUAUUCCCUAUUUUAAUCUUGUACCUUUAAAAAAAAAUCAUGAAACCUUUAGGUAAAACUUCGAGUAACGGUUCCAAUACCGAAAACGGAGAUAAUAAAAGUAAUAGUUUAUUAUCAAAAAUGAAAAGUCUCCGAAAGAAAGACAGAAAUAGCAUCGUCAUCGAUGAUAAUAAUAAUAAUAAUAAUAAUAAUACUGUUAAUAAUAAAAGAAAUAGUAUUAUGAACAUGAACAUUAAAAAUCGAAAAAGUUUUGCUUUACCUGAUGAAACUCAACAUGAUGGUGAAAAAUCGGUUCAAAAAUUAAAAGAUGAAUUGGAUAAAAUUAGAUUAGAUAAAGAAGUUGAACGUCAACAAAAAUUGGAACUUGAAAAACUUAAUAAAGAUUUAUUAAGUCAAGUUGAAAAAUUAACUAAUGAUAUUAAUAAUCUUAAUAAUAAUAAAGAUACUAAUAAUGUUGUUGUCGAUGAUGAUACUGUUGAUGACGUUAAAUCCGAUCAGCAAUCACGUGAUAUCGUUAAUGACGUUAAAGAAAAAGAAUUAAAAGACGCUUUGGCUGAGAAAGAAAAAGAAUUAAAUGACGCUUUGGCUGAGAAAGAAAAACAAUUAAAUGAUGCUUUAACUGAAAAAGAAAAAGAAUUGGAACAAUUAAAAAAUGAUUUAAAUCAAAAAGUUUCUACUAUUAAUCAACUUGAAUCUGAUUUAUCAAAUUCUAAACAAGAAAUUAUUAAUGAAAAAUCUGAAUUGGAAAAAAUUAAAAUUGAACUUCAAGAUCAAAAAUCUUGCGUAGAAAAUUUAACAAAAGAACUUUCUAUUAAUAAACAAGAAGCUCAAGAUUCUGUUAAUAAAUAUCAAUCGGAAUCUCGUGUUGCUUUGGAAGUUAAUAAACAUGAAAUUAAUGAAUUAAAAGCUCAAAAGGAUCAACUUCUUUCUAAUAUUCAACAAUUAAAUAAUGAUUUAACUUCAAGUAAAAGUGAAACUGAAAAAUAUAUGAAAUCUAAUCAAUCUAUUCAAGAAGAACUUGAUAAUGUUAAAUCUCGUUUAAAAUCUAUUAAUGAAGAAUCUGAAAAAAUUAUUAAAGAAAAUUCUGAUAAAGUUGUUUUAAUUAAUCAACUUAAAUCUGAUUUAAUUAAAGAAUCUGAUCUUCUUAAAAAACAUCUUGAAGAAAGAGAAAAACAAAAUACUGAUUAUGAAAAAUUACUUGAUCAACUUAAUUUAACAAAAGAGGAAUAUGAAAAUAAAAUCAAUCAAUUAACUUCGGAUUUAAUUAAAUCACAAGAAGAAGUUGAAAUCGCUAAAACUGAAAAUUCUGUUGAUAAAUCAGUUCAAGAUCGUUUGAAAAAUAUUCAACAAGAAAAUGAUUUAUUGAUUUUUCAAAUUAAAAAACUUAAUGAUGAUCUUUCAAAUCGUGAUUCUACUUUAAAUCUUGCAAAUUUAGAAUUACAAUCUGUUACUGAUCAACGUAAUGAAGCUUUACGUGAACUUGAAAAUGUUAAAUCUGAAUUAGGAAGUGCUGUACAUAAUAUACAUAAUAUUAAAAAUGAUUUAGAUAAUCAAAGUAAUGCUAUAAAAGAUUUACGUUUAAAACUUGAAUCUAAAGAAAAUACGAUUCAACAACAAAAGAAUUCAUUAUCUAAUAUGGUUCCAAAAGAACAAUAUAAUUCUUUAAGUGAAAAUCUUGCGCAAUUCAAAUCCGAAUUCCAAUCCGUGGAAAAUUUGAAAAGUGAAUUAGCUAGUACUAAAGCUGAAUUGAAAGCUGCUAAAGAUGCAGAAGAUUGGAUAAAGAAACGUAAUAAUACUUUAACUCAGAAAUUAGAACAACUAAAACAACUCGAAAAUAAUAACUCCAUGCUACAAAAACAAGUUGCCGAGUUAAGCCCUAAAGCUCGUAGUGUAGAUAAAUUAAUGUCAGAUGUUGAAAAAUUGAGAGCUGAGAAUGGAAAAUUAAAAACCGAAAAAGCUGAAUCAUUAAGAAAAGCGCAUGAGUUAGAGAAAAAGUGUAAAGAAUUGGGGUCAACAUCCACUUCACCUAUUUCACCAGCGUCACCUACGUCACCUACGUCUAUAACUUCGCGAUCUCCCAAAUUUUCGUCUAAAUCGUUAGCAAUGACAAAUGGGGAUGCAUCAAAUGAUGUUACAUCAACAUCAAACGUUGUUGAACCACAAAAUACUAAACAAAAACGUAAAAGCGCUAUUGAACCUUUACAGUCAUAUACUAUUGAGUCUAAUGAAAUUAAUAGUAGUAAUAAUCAGCCCGUACCAAGGCCAAAGAAAGAUACCGAUGAAGGAUGGAUUACUGUUAAGAAAAGAAAUUCGAAGAGGAACAGCACGGUAAUAGAUCAUAAUUAAUAUAUUAAAUUAAAUGAUUAUUUUGGAGAAAAGGCGAUUAAAUUGAUCAAAUUUUUGAUAUAUUUCACCAAUCACCAUCAAUCAAUUACCAUAAAAAAUUACAUAAUCCAUUUUCUCUUCCCAUUUCUACUCUCUAUACUUAUUUGUUAAUAUUAAAGGCGACGAACAGUAUCAAUAACAACAACGCGGUGGGAGAAUCAUCUAAAAAUCAUCAAUCUUUAACCAAACAAUCUUGGGUUUUGUUCGUUUUUAAAGUCUUAUUAAUUACUCUUUUAUUUAUCGCGAUUGAUUAUAUAUUUAAUAUAAGUGAAGGUACAACAAAAUUUGGUUUUUUACUUGAUUAUUACAAAACUUAUCAUAUUUAUUAAAUGUAUAUUUAGUAUUAUUUAUUAUUAUUUACAUUUAACUGCUUUUUUGAGGUUUAGUUUAUAGUUUCGGCAUUAUUUUUUAAAAAAAAAGUACUUAUCAUUUUAGACAUUU